GUCCUGGUUUGGUUGGAACUACAUGUAUACUUAGUUUGACUGCCAGGAGGUUAAGUGAGUGGGAAAGAAUGGAUGUGAUUAAAUUUACUCUUUUGGUGUUUCUUUAUCAGCAGUUGCUAUGUCAAGGAAACGUAUGGAGUGUUCCGGCACCUCAGCUGGACUAUCCCGCAGUUAACACUACCACCAAGGCGGCGCCUCAGGCGGACGAUCCCUCCGCUAACGCCACCACCACCAAGGCGGCGCCUCAGGCAGACGAUCCCGCAGCUAAUGCCACCACCACCAAGGCGGCGCCUCAGGCAGACGAUCCCGCAGCUAAUGCCACCACCACCAAGGCGGCGCCUCAGGCAGACGAUCCCGCAGCUAAUGCCACCACCACCAAGGCAGCGCCUCAGGCAGACGAUCCCGCAGCUAAUGCCACCACCAAGGCAGUGCCUCAGGCGGACGAUCCCGCAGCUAAUGCCACCACCACCAAGGCGGCACCUCAGGCAGACGAUCCCGCAGCUAAUGCCACCACCACCACCAAGGCUGCGCCUCAGGCAGACGAUCCCGCAGCUAAUGCCACCACCACCAAGGCGGCGCCUCAGGCGGACGAUCCCGCAGCUAAUGCCACCACCAAGGCAGUGCCUCAGGCGGACGAUCCCGCAGCUAAUGCCACCACCACCAAGGCGGCACCUCAGGCAGACGAUCCCGCAGCUAAUGCCACCACCACCACCAAGGCUGCGCCUCAGGCGGACGAUCCCGCAGCUAAUGCCACCACCACCAAGGCUGCGCCUCAGGCGGACGAUCCCGCAGCUAAUGCCACCACCACCAAGGCGGCGCCUAAGGCGGACGAUCCCGCAGCUAACGCCACUACCACCAAGGCGGCAUCUCAGGCGGACGAUCCCGCAGCUAACGCCACUACCACCAAGGCGGCGCCUCAGGCAGACGAUCCCGCAGCUAAUGCCACCACCAAGGCGGCGCCUCAGGCAGACGAUCCCGCAGCUAAUGCCACCACCAAGGCGGCGCCUCAGGCAGACGAUCCCGCAGCUAAUGCCACCACCAAGGCUGCGCCUCAGGCGGACGAUCCCGCAGCUAAUGCCACCACCACCAAGGCGGCGCCUCAGGCAGACGAUCCCACAGCUAAUGCCACCACCACCAAGGCGGCGCCUCAGACGGACGAUCCCUCCGCUAACGCCAACACCACCAAGGCGGCGCCGCAGGCGGACGGUCCCGCAGCUAAUGCCACCACCAAGGCGGCGCCUCAGGCAGACGAUCCCGCAGCUAAUGCCACCACCACCAAGGCGGCGCCUCAGGCAGACGAUCCCGCAGCUAAUGCCACCACCAAGGCGGCACCUCAGGCGGACGAUCCCGCAGCUAAUGCCACCACCAAGGCGGCGCCUCAGGCGGACAAUCCCGCAGCUAAUGCCACCACCAAGGCGGCGCCUCAGGCGGACGAUCCCGCAGCUAAUGCCACCAAGGCGGCGCCUCAGGCAGACGAUCCCGCAGCUAAUGCCACCACCACCAAGGCGGCGCCUCAGGCAGACGAUCCCGCAGCUAAUGCCACCACCACCAAGGCGGCGCCUCAGGCAGACGAUCCCGCAGCUAAUGCCACCACCAAGGCGGUGCCUGAGGCAGACGAUCCCGCAGCUAAUGCCACCACCAAGGCGGCGCCUCAGGCAGACGAUCCCGCAGCUAAUGCCACCACCAAGGCGGCGCCUCAGGCAGACGAUCCCUCCGCUAACGCCACCACCACCAAGGCGGCGCCUCAGGCGGACGAUCCCGCAGCUAAUGCCACCACCAAGGCGGCGCCUCAGGCAGACGAUCCCGCAGCUAAUGCCACCACCAAGGCGGCGCCUCAGGCAGACGAUCCCGCAGCUAAUGCCACCACCACCAAGGCGGCGCCUCAGGCAGACGAUCCCGCAGCUAAUGCCACCACCAAGGCGGCACCUCAGGCGGACGAUCCCGCAGCUAAUGCCACCACCAAGGCGGCGCCUCAGGCGGACGAUCCCGCAGCUAAUGCCACCACCACCAAGGCGGCGCCUCAGGCAGACGAUCCCGCAGCUAAUGCCACCACCACCAAGGCGGCGCCUCAGGCGGACGAUCCCUCCGCUAACACCACUACCACCAAGGCGGCGCCUCAGGCGGACGAUCCCUCCGCUAACACCACUACCACCAAGGCGGCGCCUCAGGCGGACGAUCCCUCCGCUAACACCACUACCACCAAGGCGGCGCCUCAGGCAGACGAUCCCGCAGCUAAUGCCACCACCAAGGCAGUGCCUCAGGUGGACGAUCCCGCAGCUAAUGCCGCCACCACCACCAAGGCUGCGCCUCAGGCGGACGAUCCCACAGCUAAUGCCACCACCACCAAGGCGGCGCCUCAGGCAGACGAUCCCGCAGCUAAUGCCACCACCACCAAGGCGGCGCCUCAGGCAGAUGAUCCCGCAGCUAAUGCCACCACCACCAAGGCGGCGCCUCAGGCAGACGAUCCCGCAGCUAAUGCCACCACCACCAAGGCGGCGCCUCAGGCGGACGAUCCCUCCGCUAACGCCACCAAGGCGGCGCCUCAGGCGGACGAUCCCUCCGCUAACGCCACCACCACCACCACCAAGGCGGCGCCUCAGGCGGACGAUCCCUCCGCUAACGCCACCACCACCACCAAGGCGGCGCCUCAGGCGGACGAUCCCUCCGCUAACGCCACCACCACCACCAAGGCGGCGCCUCAGGCGGACGAUCCCGCAGCUAAUGCCACCACCACCAAGGCGGCGCCUCAGGCGGACGAUCCCGCAGCUAAUGCCACCACCACCAAGGCGGCGCCUCAGGCGGACGAUCCCGCAGCUAAUGCCACCACCACCAAGGCGCCGCCUCAGGCGGACGAUCCCUCCGCUAACACCACCACCAAGGCGCCGCCUCAGGCGGACGAUCCCUCCGCUAACACCACCACCACCAAGGCGCCGCCUCAGGCGGACGAUCCCUCCGCUAACACCACCACCACCAAGGCGCCGCCUCAGGCGGACGAUCCCUCCGCUAACACCACCACCAAGGCGCCGCCUCAGGCGGACGAUCCCUCCGCUAACACCACCACCAAGGCGCCGCCUCAGGCGGACGAUCCCUCCGCUAACACCACCACCACCAAGGCGCCGCCUCAGGCGGACGAUCCCUCCGCUAACACCACCACCACCAAGGCGCCGCCUCAGGCGGACGAUCCCUCCGCUAACACCACCACCACCAAGGCGCCGCCUCAGGCGGACGAUCCCUCCGCUAACACCACCACCACCAAGGCGCCGCCUCAGGCGGACGAUCCCUCCGCUAACACCACCACCACCAAGGCGGCGCCUCAGGCGGACGAUCCCUCCGCUAACGCCACCACCACCAAGGCGGCGCCUCAGGCGGACGAUCCCUCCGCUAACGCCACCACCACCAAGGCGGCGCCUCAGGCGGACGAUCCCUCGGCUAACGCCACCACCACCAAGGCGGCGCCUCAGGCGGACGAUCCCUCCGCUAAUGCCACCACCACCAAGGCGGUGCCUCAGGCGGACGAUCCCUCCGCUAACACCACCACAAGCCGGCUUCAAACAUUUUUGAGUCCUGUUGAAUGGGUUUCAGGUGUUGUCUAGUCGCAUUGUCAAACAUGUUUUACUAACCAAAUAAAGCUUUUUAAUGGGU